AUCGAGUUUGGACCAGAGCAAGGUUAACUACUGACACAAAGGGAGGACUUUACUGUGACUGUGUGAGGUAGCUAACCAGGAGAAAAUGUCUGCCAAAGUGAUCGAUUUGGAAGAGACCGCAACCCACACAGGUCCAAAAGGAGUCAUCAAUGACUGGAGGAGGUUUAAGCUGGAAAGUAUGGACCAGGAAAACCUGCCACUUGCAAAAAAGGAACUUCUCAGACAGAUGUCAUCCCCCAACAAACCAAAAGAUGACUCCAGAGCAAACCUUAACCGCAAGAUGAGUGUCCAAGAGUACGAACUGCUGAAGGAGGAGGACGAGGGAUGUCUGAAGAAGUACAGACGGAGGUGCAUGCAGGAGAUGCAUGAUAAGCUCAGCUUUGGGCCCAGGUUUGAAGGUGUGCAUGACCUGGACAGUGGAGAGGCCUUCCUUGAAGUCAUUGAGAAGGAGCAUCACAGCACGGUGGUGGUUGUCCACAUCUACAAGGUUGGGGUCAAAGGUUGUGAGGAGCUCAACAACUGCCUCGACUGCCUGGCCACUGAGUACCCCACCGUAAAGUUCUGCAGGAUUGAUGCUGUUUCAUCCGGAGCUGCCGAGCGGUUCUCAGAUGAGGUUUUGCCUACGCUGCUGGUAUACAAGGCUGGAGAACUACUGGGGAAUUUCCUGGCCUGCACACAGCACCUUAACGAGGAGUUCUUCGCCACUGAUGUGGAGGCUUUCCUCAACAGCUACGGCCUGUUGCCCGAGAAAGAGCUGCCUGGCUUGGAAGACGAAGAGGAAAACGAUGUAGAGUAAACAAAGAGUUUGGCUGCUGUGGAAAAAAGGAAGCUGUCUCGCAGAGCUGGAUAGAAACCUAUGAAAGACAAUCUACAACAUCAGACAAGAUAUUUGUUUGGUCUUCUACAAAUACAAAAACCAUAACAUCUCCACUAGUUCACUAGUGUUUGAGGGUGGUGCAUUAAAGAAAUUUUACUUCCUGGUUGGUAAACAAAUCUCAGUGUCCCAGGUCUAGGUGCUCUCACAUAUGGGUGUGGGUUACAGUAAGGUGAGGAGAUACAGCAUUUAUGUCUAAAAAUAUAAAACAAAUCCCCUCACUGCCACCCAAACAAAAGCCAAACCAGCUAACUGCUUGGACCCAUGCCCCAUAACUAACUAUAAUUACAGUGUUUUAUUUUGUAAAGUUAGGAAAUAUUACAUACUGUAUUUACUUGUAAAAAAUGUUAAUUCAUAGACUUUUUGUUGUAUUUGAUUGGAUAGAUCUGUACACGUUAUUAAUAAAUGCAGGGUUCAUACAAAGUGACAUCCCUCAGUGUUAAUAUUUAAAUAUAUGUAUACUUCAAGUUUUUUUUGCCAAAAAAAAAAAAAAAAAAAAAAAGAACCUUUAAAGAGAUAUAUAGAACAGGUACUCUUAAAACUUAAGAGGCCAAAGCACUCUGAAUGUGGAAAGGUUUCGUGUAAACACAUCUUCCAGCUGUCUGGUCCGACACUACCUACCCUUGCUUCCUAAGCGAGUGUGCUCGGAGGUUCAUGUUGUGUCUGGAAAAAACAUUCAUGAGCCUCUGGUAUUUUAACAUCAUCAGUAAAGCGUCAUCAGAGAAGAGUUCAUCCAUUUAUGCGUAUUUUAUAUUGUGUGUGAGAGUGUGAGAAAGUCAUGGAAAUAAACAAAAAGGAAACCGUGGGUGGUUGGUUUUCUCACUUAGCCAACACGUCCUUGACUCAGCACAGUGGUCAACGUCAUCAUCAUCAUCAUCAUCAUCAUUGUCGUCGUUUUGAGUUUGUUAUGGAUGGUUACUAUUUUAAACUGUGUACAGAAUAUGAUGAGAAAUACUCUAAUAUACAUGUUGUCCAGAAUAACAAUGAACAAUAAAAUAACAUAAAAUAUAA